AUGGGCGAUACUGAGCUCGAGUUCAUGAGGUGCAUGUGGAGGGAGAAGUCAAGGAAAGCCAGGAAUCCAAUCUGGCCACCUGUCCCAGGAACACAGCAACAAGAGCAAGACCCAACAAACCUAUACAUCUCAAAUCUCCCCAUUUCUAUGGAUGAGCAGGAACUUGAAAAUAUGCUGAAACCCUUCGGACAUGUCAUUUCCACAAGAAUACUAAGAGAUGCUAAUGGAGUCAGCAGGGGCGUUGGCUUUGCCAGAAUGGAGUCUACUGAAAAAUGUGAAGUGGUAAUUCAACAUUUUAAUGGAAAAUAUCUGAAAACACCACCAGGCAUCCCAGCCCCUAGUGAGCCUUUACUGUGCAAAUUCGCUGAUGGAGGACAAAAGAAGCGACAGAAUCAAAGCAAAUACACCCAGAAUGGAAGGCCUUGGCCCAGGGAAGGAGAGGUAGAGAGAAUUAUAAGUUUAGUGGCCCAAGACAGAAGUCAGAAUGACAGAAUCAUGCAACAGAAGAAGAUCAGUGUGGCUGGAACCUGGCUGGCUGAUUUAGAGGAGUCGGAGAAAAUACUAGAAAGAUUUUAUUCUUCACCGUACAGUAUUGCAACCAACCGCAUGAUUCCACAGACAUCUAUCACGCCAUUCAUUGCUGCUUCCCCUGUCUCCACAUACCAGGUCCAGAGUACUUCAUGGAUGCCUCAUCCGCCAUACGUUAUGCAACCAACAGGUGCUGUGAUUACGCCAACAAUGGACCAUCCUAUGUCAAUGCAGCCAGCAAACAUGAUGGGCCCCCUGACACAACAGAUGAAUCAUCUUUCAUUGGGCACAACAGGAACGUAUAUGACUGCUGCCGCGCCUAUGCAAGGGACCUACCUUCCCCAGUACACGCCUGUGCCUCCGACAGCUGUUUCUAUUGAAGGUGUUGUUGCUGAUACCUCUCCCCAGACAGUGGCACCUUCAUCCCAGGACACCAGUGGUCAGCAGCAACAGAUAGCAGUGGACACAUCCAACGAACAUGCACCUGCAUAUUCUUACCAACAGUCUAAACCAUAAACAAGACUGAAGAAUGUCCGUCUGAAACUUUGCCUUGAACGAAGAAACUUCAUUGAACAGGAAGUUGGCUUCCAGUUUGCACAGGCGUCGAUGGAAUGCUUUUUUUUUUUUUUUUUAAAUUUUCUACUAUACCCAGUGAAAACAAAGUGUUUUUAUGUGCUGUGCAAAUGGUUCCUUCAUGUGGUCUGACAGUUUACUUUCGCCAUCGUUUUUUUUUAAAGAAAAAAAAUCCCAGAAGAGGAAACAAACAAACAAAAACCAACAACAAAACAAAACACAGAAGGUUGACAUUAUAUUUGGAAGAACAUUUGAUUUCAGAAUUUACCAGAAGAUGUAGACAGAUUUUUUUUUUUUUAACAGAAAAUCAGAUGUCAAGAGGUGGGCAAAGCAGAAAUGGAAACAAAUUGUCUUCCUCAGUAAUUAAGCUACUCUUUCUUUUCCCCCUUUUGUUUAAAUCUAGUGGGUUAUUUUUUAUUUUAUUUUUUUCUUAGAAAUAUUUAGGUAAGGUUUAUCUUGAAUCUUAAUUGCCUUAAUUUUAAGGACGUCAAAGGCUCUCGAGGCAAGCUGUCAACGUCUUGUUAAAAAAAAUUCAAGAAAGAAUUGAAAUAUUGUGCCGGCUUUAACUGGUACAGAAGUUUAAGACUAUGAGUUUUUAGGGUGAAAAAAAAAAACUGUACAGUUUAAAAGAAAAUGUUUUUUCUUCAUUUGAAGAAAAUUUGUUGAUAAAAGAAACCAUGGCAACUGCAAGAAUUGGGAAAAUGCUGGGACUUUUCAUGAACUUUGUCUUAAGUGUUGAAUCAUUCUAGAAGGCUAAAACAUUUUAAGGUAAAGUUAUUAAUGUUGGUUUAAAAACAACUGCAUUAGAAAUAAUGCGUGUUUGGGGGCAGAAUGCAGAUUUUUUUUAUUUACGAAGCGUGAUCGCUAGCAAAAGCAUUAGUGCUUUUUAUCUGCAGUCUUUUUUAUGAGCUUUACAAAGUUUUUAGUCAGCUUUGCUUGUCACAUUGCAAAACCUAGCUUAAGAGCAUUAAAAAAAAAAACUUAAGUAGAUAGGAGCUUAUGGUCAAAAAGUGCAAAAAAACAAAAACAAAAAAAAAAACAAAAAAAGCAAUAGAUAGAGAAAUUGUUGACAAUUUCUGUAGUCUUUCCUAGUUGUGAUCAAAUUCAGCCUAUGGAUGGCCUAUUUUAUACCAAAGAUGAAGUGGCACCCUAUUGCAGUCCAGAAGAUAGAGGUUGUUUUCCUUUUCUUCUCUUUUCUUUUUAAGAAUUUUAUUUGACCUACAUGGCCGGACCAGUUCUUACUUUGUUGUUUGUUUAAACUACCUUCCACUGGUGUUUUAUAUACUGCAAAACAGAGCAAAACAAAAGGUGUUUUUUUUGUUUUUGUUUCUGUUUCUGUUUUUGUUUUUUUGUUAAUGUGCAUUUGUUGAUACUAGUAGAAGCUUGCACCUGCUGUGUUCAGCAGUUUCAGCAGGAAGAGUUCUGGAUACCAACUGACAGAGCCGCACGGCUUUAUAUUCAUUCCGUGAGCUUUUCUGGUUCCUUACUAGCUCUCUUGAAUAGUGACACCUGUAUUGAUGGCCACCAAUAAGUUGAGACACUUGUUUAACAGGUUGAAAUUCUUUUCUGUGAACUUUGAACUAAAGGUCCUUCCCGAACUGGUCUGAAAGGUCACUUGUCAAAAAAAGGCUUAGAUAUUCUGUUAAGUGAUGAGUGGUCUCCUGAAAAGGUCUCAUUGUAUUUGUAACAAUAGUCUUCCUUCUCAAGUCCAACGCCUCUAGGUUUUGUCUUCUCACCUCAGUCUUUGUUCAUCUGCCAUGAACAGCCACCUUGAUUCUGCAAGUAGGGAGAAGAUAUCUCCCUUUUGCCUCCUGUCAUUGUAUUCUCAUACCCUGGUGUUGUCAGAAGAAGGACAAAAAUAGACCUUUUUGUUUCAGUUUAACUCUGAGACAAGUAGGACCAAUCAGAUUGAGGAUUCUGUUAGUGGAAGUUAGGUAAGUUUUAAAAUGCUAGUUGACAAUCAAGAAAUUGUAUGAUUUAUAUCGAUAAGAACCAAAAGAAUUAGGUUUGCUCAAUCUUUAAAGCCAAAGGAGAUAUAUUUGCAUUGAGAAUGAUGCAAAACUUUGUCUAAAAUGAAUUAGAUUGACUUAACAAACAUGUCUGCAUAUUUGACUCAUGGAAUCCAUGUUCAACCUGUAUAGUUUUACCUGAAAUUAAGACCGAUGGAACUUUGUUAGUUGAAUUAUGCAUAGAGUUGCUUUCUGAAGGGAUCAUUGGAAUUAGAUAGGUGAAAGUUUUCUCACAAACUAAGUCGGGGGAACCUGUCUUAGUCCAGAAGGAAGAGGGAAAUGCGUUAAGUGCACUGUAAAAAAAAAAAAAAAAAAAAAUGGUAGGCUUUUAAAAACUAAAAAAACUUAAAAGGCAAAUCAUAAUCCCAUUAGGUCAGUAUCAGUAAUGAGUUUGGCUGUUCUGAAAUUGUCAAUAUUCAACUAUCUGUGACCUGUUAACAGAAAUGAGCCCAGUUCUCUUAGUUGAAACCCCAUGAAUUGGAAGCUCAAGUCUAGAAAGUGGCUCCCUAUCUUUGCAGCCAAGUCAGAGGCACAAAUGGAUCCAAGAAAAUGUAGCAUGUGCUGCUACAGAGAAAUUCCAUCUGGUGACACCCAUCCUUAAUGGUUUUCCAUGCUCUAGAGAGAAUCCUAGAUGUGUACUAUCUUCUGUUCCGUCCUUCAAGCUUCUCAUGUAUUUCAAGGGUGGCACUUAAGUUUUAUCUUUGAGAAGCGGGCUCCUGAGUUUCAGGGGGUUUAAGGAACAUGUAUAGGAACUGUGCUUUUCGUUUCUCUUUUUCAGUCUCUGAACUCUUUGUAUAAAUAAGGAUUAUCCUGGGCAUAAUUCAUUUGAAUAUGAAACCAACAUGCUUUCUUUUGUUUCUGUAAAAAAAAAACACACAAAAAAACCUUAAUGUGAUACAAAGAAAGUCUCAUUUACGCAAUCAACAAUGAGGCUAAGAGGUAGCUACCAUGUGGCUGAUGAAUGUGCCUAGGUAACUUCCUGUUUCUAUUCAAAACUACUGCUUUAUUUAUACAUUCAGAAACAUUUUUUUCAACUAUGAAAUUUCAAUGAUCUCAAUUUUUUUAAGCCACUUCAGGCACAGGGAAAUUACCUGUCAUUUUAUGUGUCCAUGUGUGUUUUGUGUUUGGAUUUUUUAUAUCAUACCAUUCUAGAAAAUAUCUUAUUUCAAACCAAAAAGAAAAAAAAAAGAAGGAAAAAUGACACAUGUUCAAAUUUGCAUCUGUCAUCUUACCUAAUGAUUGUUUUUAAGAGUCAAGUCUGGGGGAAUAAACAAAAAGCAUCAAGAGGUAAGCAGCAUUACAUUGUAUGAGAAUAAAACAAACCAAAAUGUGUUCAGUAUACGCAGACAUCAGAAUCCUGAUUUAAUCAGCAACUAAUAUUAUGGUGAUUCUAAUCCUAUUUAGGGCUCUUUUUUUUUUAAGUAUUCUGGCUCAGAUUUCCAAACAUUUAUUCAGAUAUUUCCAUUUUUUUCCUUUUGACUUUAAUUGCCAAGGCUUCUAAACAUCAGGAAACAAACCAAAGCCACAAUCCAAAUGGGAUAAAAGUUAUCUUAUCCAAACUCUAGUUACAUGGUCAGUGGAGGAGUGGGUUUUCUUUUGAUAAUGAUAAGGUUUUGUCAGGGAAGACAAAUUAUGCAUAGUGACUCAAUGUAUGGCCAUGUGUUCUGAAGAUGUCCUGGCCCCUAGGUAAGCUAAAGGUAAUGCUAGCAAGUGCUGAUGACUGUUUGUCCUUGAAGACUGGCACACCUUGAUUUUUGCAAGUGACAUAAAAUUCUUAAAAACGAAUCAACAACAAAAAAUCCUCUACCUGACUUCGGUUUGGCUGUUUCCUUGAUAAAUUUCAAUCAUUCAGAUGUUGUCUCCAUGCUUCACUUGAAUCAAUUCUUCCUGUGACUUUAACAGAUCUGCCACAUUUGAUAGCAUAUAAGACUCACUUCCACACAUUCUAGUGAAAAACUACAUGGUAUUAAAAGCACUCAUGUUAGAGACGGAAGGCUGAGAGCAGAAAAAGCCUGGAUGGAGCAGAAGGUCAUUUUCCCUGCAGAAUACAUCGACCCCUUGCAAAACUGUGUGAAAGUCAUUCAAUUCAUGUGUGACAAGAAAAGAAUAGCUUUUUUUUCCUAAAAAAAAAAUUAUUUGAAUAUUUGCAAUGUCUAAUAUAUAUACCUAGGUAUCUUUUAUGGUGGCCUGAAAUCCCAAUUAAUGAAGAGUGAGAUUUGAUUUGAGUAGCACUUUUGCAGUCUUCUUCAUGAUUCCGAAGUUUCAAUGGACUGUCUAGACAGAUUAUAAUGUUAGUAGGGAACUAAAAAUACAUUUGACAACUCAGUCUCAUUCUUAAUUUGCGUGCACGAACCACUGCAGAUGAGCUGAUAAGCAGGGAGAAAUUCUUAAGUGGGAUUCAGUGAUUUAUGUUUUUAGAUGAUAUAAAAACAAAUGAAGGGGAAUAUUUAUGUAUGUGUAUAAACAACAUUGAGCACAUUUGAGGAAUCAUACUUCAUAACAAAGUUUAAACAUGUCAUAGAGACUUGAUCUACGUUAUCUUGUCCACAGUAGGGAGUGAAGGAGGAGAUUUUGGUUUUUUGUGUUAUUGUGCCUGGCAUCCUUCAAAAUUUUGAGCUCACUGAGACUGACAGCAUCGCACUCCAAUCUGAGGGACUGACAGAAUUUAAACAGGCUCAUUGAUUCUGUAUACUACCCCCUUCCUGUGACAGAGUGAUAAUGGGAUUUCAUUAAUGAAUCAAUUUGUUACAAAUGACAUCCACCGUGGCAUUGGAAGACAGUUGAGUCUAACUCAAAUUUAACAUUUCUUACCCAAUAUUCUUAAAUAUGAAAUCGGUCCCUUAAUCUGAGUGUUCUUGGUCAUGCCUGUCCUUUGUGGACUGCACAGAAUUCAGGAAAAUACAAAGCUAAAUAUAAGAUCCCUGAGUGGCCCCAAAGAUCUUUUGUCAUCUGGGGCAGGGAAGCUCACCCCAGAUUGGUGGUUUCUUUCUCUUUUGUUUUAUACCCUAAUACGUAUGCUCCCUGUCACAUGAAAAAAGGAUGGAUAGCUUCUCAAUACUCAUUUCUUUGUAUUUCUGAAAGGGAAAAUAAUAUUUUAAGAAACGCUUCUUCCACUCAGGAAGAUUUAAAGCUGGAGCAGAGGUGAGAUCAAGCUUGGAGUCUGAGGGAAGAACCUCUGGGCCACGGAGUCACACUUUUCUUCCAUUUUAUUCACUCCAGUUAGUAACUUCCCCAAUGACUGAGUCUUGCAGAAAUACAAUCACUCUCAAUUUUUGAAGGGCUAACUAUUUACUUGGUAGAUUUGUCUUGUCUUCUUUUUUCAAUUGUUAGGUCUUCUGCUCUAUUUCCUUUUAUUAGCAUUUCACCGUGAGGGUGGAAAAGAAACAUUUGGAAAUCAAAUUCAAAUCAGUCUGUUUCUUUAAGUCUCGAUUUACCGAAGGAGUUUAAAAUCAUUAGUAAAAUAGUCAGUGCAUUAUAUACCACGGAUUUUUACUAUCCAUAAUGUCCCUUUCCCAUCCACCGCAAAUAAUUGAGAGUUGGCUGUAUUCUUGCAAAUACAAAGGGAAAAAAAAUUGUAGCAAAGUAUUUGGCUUCCCUCAAAAGAAAGCUGUUUUGGUUUCGUUCACUAUUGAAAUUUUAACCAGAAGAAAAGGUCAACUCAAAAUUGAGUUAUGAGAAUAUAAUAACAUCUCUUGGUUAAAUAUACACUCUUAUCCCUAUCUUAAAUCUUUGGCAAAAAAAAAAAAAUGCAUUGUUUUGUUAUUUAUUUAUUUUUUUUACUUUGCAUCACAGUAAUAAGGGUGAAUGACCUUGACACUCCAGUGGAUUUUUUCUGAUCAUUUCAAAUUUAAGUAGUGUCCAAAGUGUAACUUUAGUGUUAUGCUUUGUAUUUUAAACCCUCUGGUCUUAGAUUCUUAAGAAAGAUGCUCUGUCCUCCUCCCCAAAAUAAUGUCAUUUCCUCAUAUAUGAAAAAAUGUGUUAUUUCAUACUUUUCAGGAACUAUAAAAACUAUUUCAAAGAGACACUUGAAAAAGUUUUCUCCAUUCUGGAAAUUAAUGCUUCUAUUUAUUUAAAAAGAAGAGGAAUAUAAUUGGAAUCUUAAUUUUCAAAGAAUAAAUGUAAAAGUGUACUUGCUAUGAAAUUCCAGUUUCUUUAAAUUAAAAAAAAAAAUGGGACACAGCUUCUUUUAAAACCCUUGUUUUAGGCCAUAUUUGACUUCAUGGAACUUCUGAAACAUCAUUCAAAUUUGAACUUUAUUUAAGAGCAUUUUGUACUGCUGUCUCUGUCAUGGAAAGUUCUGUAACUCUAUGGUGUUUCCGGUUUUAUGUUUAAUUUUUCAUCUGUACCACAGUCAAAUUAGCUACCAUUUCCCCUGUUCCUUGGGCUUUCUGUAGAUCAGUGGAUGUUAGGUUUAAACUUCUGUUUUCUUUGAUGAAGCUUUCAAUAAAAAAUGAAAAUAAAAGCAA